UGGCGAGCUGAGUUCUAAACUUUGUCGUGAAAAUAUGAAGAGUCCUUAAAAAAAAAAAAGGUAGUGUGGAGUGAGCAACCAUUGUGAUAUUCCUAGGCGGACAGAGUUCAGUGAAUUACUUUCCUAACACGUGGAGUUGGUCAUUGACAUGUUGUUACGCUGAACUAUGUUUGCUAUGUCAUCGGCCAUCUUAUUGAAACCGGAUUCAAAGGGGCUUUCUCACAGUUUUUUAUUGCUAAAUCCUUACCUGUUUCCCAUUUACAUAACUAAAUUCAUUCUUUUGUAUCACCUCCAACCAAUUGCGUACCGUCCUGAAAAUAUAAUUCCGCAUUCUUCAUAUUGUCAUGUCAGUUGACAUGUGCAGACCCAUAUACAUACGGGUUCACGUACUUUAAUGGUUUGUGGCUCGUUAUUUCCUCGGACUUUAUACCAUUUACGCGUACAUUUUUAUUAUAUAAUACAUUCUUAUAGAAGGGUGACGUCAGUUUUUAAAAGAGUUGUUACUGUCUUCAUAUAGAAAAUUAUCCUCGGUUUCUCUGCUCAUAUUUUACGAGACAUUCAUCAUUCUUUUAUUUUUUAACUUCUCAUACUGCCGUGGUCCCAAACAGCUACUCCUACUGCGCAACGUGUGUUAUUUCUAUCUCUUCAGCCAUUCGACAAGAAUCUUAACAUACAGCCGGGUCGAGCCUUUCUGUUAGCGGAGGUGACUGUCAUUCUGGCACCGCGGAAGGCAGAUCCUGUCUCCUGUAUCUCUUCUGGCGGACAUGUCAAUGCCACCUGUCAUUCAGGACGUAACUUUACCUUCCAUAAAAGGCGAUAUCAACAUGUUUCCUGUGACGAUAAGUAGCGUCGUAGACACCUUCGAGGGUCAACUACCUCAUCCACACGAUUCUCCACCACGUAAAGAUUUACAUCUAAAGGGAAGUAACCCCUUUGUCGAUUCAUCUUCAGACGAUGGUACACAGCCUUUCCAUCACCUUCACACCAAAGACAACAGAAAUGCAUCAACAGAUUCCCAUGUAGAACAUUCUAAAUCACCCCACAGUGACAAUGUUCGUUCUGAUUCGCGCAAAGAGGCUCUCAGUGGUAAUAACCGAACUUCUUGUCCGGAUAUCAGUAAUCUCGCCGCAGUACCUCAAUUGGCUACACCCAGGUGGAGGAAAAGGCAUCACAGGGGACGUCAUCGUCGCCAUCAUUCUGAUAACGUAAUGGUUACUCAGUCGUCGCCCGAAGACCUCAGACUUUACUCCCCGUCUCCCAGGACGACUGCCAUUGGCUCUAGUGCCAUGCCUUCCGCUUCGUCAUUACAAUGUUCAUAUUUUGACGAUGUCUCCAAGUCUGCUCCAUGUGAUACCUGGGACUUUAUGAGUAUUGUCAAUGACUCCAUGUCAGGGGACCCUGAAUUUAGUUGCACAGAAAAUGCCACACCGACGUCCCACGGGACUUUCGAUUCCCCUCCCUUCAGGGUUGGUUCCUCUUCCUCUCCAGACCCAACCCCUUCAAAGGACCAACGCAGAUCGACAAAUAGAUCGUGGUACAGUCAAGCACUUCCCUUCUUCUCGGUCAGCCUCGGUGGAGACGAUGACAUCACAGAGGAGAGAGGAAUGCCCAUCCCACAUCCGACCAUCCAUGGCCCCAGCAGCUACAUUCCUGUGGAGGAGCUCCCGUCGCUGGGGACUUUCAACGAACAGACGCAUAUGCUGUUUAUUGAUGCGUUCCUCCAGAACAAUCGUCUAGAUCACGUGACCCAGGUGAUGGGUUAUCACCCAACCUACUUAGACAUCUUUCUGCGUACGCAGAACUUCAUCCUACGCGGUGAUGGGCCCCUGCCUUAUGAUUACCGUCACUUCAUUGCAAUCAUGGCGGCAGGACGUCAUCAGUGCAGCUACUUGAUCAAUCUGCAGAAGCAGGAGUUUCUGCUGCAAGGUGGCGACAACACUUGGCUCAAGGGGCUGUCGCGUAUCCCCCAGAAGUUACGAGACUUGUACGAGAUAAACAAGAUCCUUGCGCACAGGCCUUGGCUUCUCAAUAAGUCACACAUUGAGAAGCUGACUAAAGGAAAGGAUAGCUGGUCUCUUGCUGAGGUGGUUCACGCCAUUGUUCUGUUGGCUCACUUCCAUUCACUCUCAAGCUUUGUGUUUGGCUGUGGAGUGAAUGAGGAAUUGGACCAAGAUGGAGGCCACCAUAAUGGCUCAUCUGAUUCUGCUCCACCUCUUGGUUCAUCACCACGAUCUGUACCUAGCCCUACUCCUCCACUUAGCACUGCCCCAUCUAGUAGAGAUGCUGAACCAUGGCUAGCCUCAAUGUCUCCAGUGGAGCAAGAGGUUGGCGUCGACAUGUUGAUGCAGCGCAUGAAGAGUUUAUCGGAGAGGGCAGAGGAAUUCUCGCAGGAGGAAAAGACUAAAAGGUUUGAACACGUUGAGAACCAGAGCGUAGAACUGUCGCCAGGUCUUGAGCCUCUAACGCAGCUCAAGGCAGAUAUUGGACACUUUGUCGAUGACCCCACCUUCUUAUACCAAGACUUUGCUCGACGUGGUGAAGUUUCAGACAUCCCCACCUUCAGGGUGCAGGAUUACUCAUGGGAUGACCAUGGAUACUCACUAGUCAAUAGGUUAUAUACUGAUGUUGGUAACUUACUGGAUGAAAAAUUCAAGACUGCUUUUAACCUUACAUAUUACACUAUGGGCGGACGCAAAGAUGUGGAUACAUCACGUUUUCGACGUGCCAUAUGGAACUAUAUCCAGUGCAUGUUUGGCAUCAGGCAUGAUGAUUAUGACUACGGCGAAGUGAACCAGUUGCUGGAACGUUCGCUGAAAGCAUUUAUCAAGUCUGCGUGCUGUUACCCAGAGAGAGUAACGAAAAAAGACUACGAUCGUGUUCUGCGCGAGUUCAGGCACAGCGAGAAGGUACAUGUUAAUCUUAUGGUACUGGAGGCACGCAUGCAAGCUGAACUUCUCUAUGCGCUGCGUGCCAUAAUGCGCUACAUGACGUAGGUGAACCACCAGUGCAGCCAGUGUGGUGCAACCAAAACUUAUACUUGCUGGUGUUGAUGCAAUCAUUCUGAAUGAGGUGCUCUGGAGGUUUAAGGAGACAAGACAGGCAGAGAGAAACGAGAAACUGAGAUGACUCAAAAGAUGGAGUAAACAGUUCUACUAUCACAAUAAUAAUUAAUCAAAUUAUCAUAUAUAAAAUUAUUUAGUAAGAUGAAAAAUGUACAUGUUUUAUGAAGAGAAAGAGUAAGUAUAAAAGCAAAAUGUCAUCUAGCCACUUAAUGUAUUCUCCUUUGUCCCAUGUAGUUUUGUUAAGGAUGGAUGCUGAAGCAUUGUUAAUUGGGGCAGUUGUGUACAUAGUAACUCCCCACACAAACCCGCCCACCCACCCCUCUUUCCCAAUUACCGUAACUUUUCUCCCGUUUCCCCUUUCUCCUCUCAUUCUCAUCAUAUUUACUGCACUGCACAAAAGAAAUACAUAAAUAUACACGUGAUUGACUGUGAUCCGUUCUCAGUAGAUGAACUAAUUACUUGUGCGUAACUGUUGCACAUCCCAUUUGAGCCCAGAUCUCUCGUUUUUCAGGCACUUUCGAAAAGCUCCCACUGUUUUAGCUCGGGUAGUUUUCUCCAAAAAUUGUAGGUAUUUAUGACUGUACCUAUUGGUUACAGGUGCUCUGCAGUGCCGUACUAGCCGAUAUAUUUCUAUAGGUGUCAAGAGGUGUUACUUAAUGUUAAAGUCAAGUAGUCUUAGAUGAGCAGUAAACUUGUAUCAUUGUAUGACUGUAUCUGGAAUAAUCUAUGAACUAGAAAUUUGGGCUCAUAUUGGGAUAGUUUUGUUUUUGUGAGAAAAAAAAUAAUUUUUUUUUGUGGAUCUGCCAAGUUUUUCAAGGCUUUUUAGGUUAAAGUGGUCUAGCUAUUAAGUAAUCUUUAAAUAACAAAGUUAAAAAGCAAAAUAAUUGCGUAUAAUAGCAUCUUGAAUGGAAAAUAAAUUGAUUUACAUAACACCGUGUUAUAUUGGAGAUAGUAACAAUUUAAAUAUGUAAUAUUAUUGCUUCAGUGAAGCUUUGUAUUUGAAUAUAGUUGAGAGCAUUACUACAUUGAUUAGUACUGUAGCUGGAAAAUGUGAGGGCUUGCUUCUUCUGUCCUAGGAAUGCUUGAAUCUGAAAGAAUGAACAGGAAGUGGACAGAGAUGUCAUUUCCUUGAUUGUUGCGAGCGUUCCGUAGAUGGACAUGAGAUGCAUUGAAUGUUGAGAUUUGAUUGCGUUGAUGAUGAUACUGAUGAUGAUGGGUGAAUGGAUAGAUGGAAAUGUCUCCUCCCAUUUUGGUUCGACAUGGAGGAAUUUUUAUGUAGACUAACCACCAGCUUGUUUUAUCUAAGAUCUCUGUUGUAUGAGUUUUCUUAACCACUCUUACUGUGAAACAAAACCUUAGCUGCAUUGUUUCAGUUCUUCUUCACUGUCUAAUUUUAUGUUGUUAAAAUUUUUGAAUAAUAUGUGGGAUAAUGGAUCUCUGUGAAAAAAAAAUUCCUGUGAACUUGUUGUAAUUGAUAUAUCCUUAGAAGUCUUGAAGUACUAUUGCUCUGUCUGAUUUCUGUUUGAAGAGUGAGGCUUUUUAGAACAUGUUAACAGUAAGAUCUUGUUGACCGCGGUUUAGACGACUACCGCUUUCAAAGAAUAAACAUUCUUUUAAGACUUGUCAGUGUAUGUAUCUGAUAUGCAUGACUGCGUUAAACACCGUGUGUGUUGUAUGUGGUCAAAAUUGGAUCUCGUAUUGCCAGUAAGUUUUACUAUUUGAUAUAUGCAGAACUUGUUCAUUUACUCCGAAGGCUUAAUGAUCACUGAGAAUAUGAAGUUUGUGGCCAAAUAAGUUGCUUCAUCUCAGAACCUUGGAAGAAUUUUGGCUGUAUGUUUCAAACAUUAUUCACAUGUAAGAAUAAUACUUUUAGAAGCAAGUGUUAGAAGAUCCUUUUUUGGGAGCGGUAGUAUACUUGUUAGCUCUCUAUAGUGUUCUUCUCCUUACCCCUUGUGUGAUCUCAGUAUUACCUUUGGAUUCAAAUAUGAUUUAUACUAUGUAAUAAUGAAAAAUUGUUUUUUUAUUAUUAACACUGUUUCUUUGAUGAAUUGUGUAGGCUUAAAAUGUGCAUGGAUAUGUUCAAUAUCAAAUUACCUUGGUCACACUAAAACAAAAUGUUUGUUACAUUUAAUUUUUCAACUUUUAUUAAGAUGCAUUUUGAGAAUGUAUAUUAACUUUCUUUAUGAGAUUUUACACAGGAAAUGUUUUCUUUAAUUAUCUGGCCUACUUGUUUGGAACAGUAAUGAGAAAAUAUUAAAUUACUGCAUGUGUAUAUUUUAAUACUUCCCAGUUUUAGUGCUGAUAAAGGGAAGUGCAUACAGUAGGCCCAUUGAAAGCUCUUUGGGUGUCUGACAGACUGAAUUGCUAUAUAAGACAAGAACAGGAAAAUUGUGAUCGUAGUGGGUUUACGAAUAAUUCAUAAAGGUUAUUUAAUAAUCUUUAUGCAGUAUUCUUGGUUAGUCCUAAGUCACACAAAUGAUGCUCUUAAUUUUAUAAAAAUUCACUAGAAACCAAGAUGUAAAAUAAUUCACUUAAGAAACUGAGAUAAAGGAUGGUAAAAAGAAAUAUUCCUUGAAUUACAGGAACAGUGCUUUUAGUGUUGUUUCUAAAAAAGGAAAACUCAUAAGCCCAUCCCAAUAUUCAGUGUUGCUAUGUUAUCUUGCAUUUAGUUCUAUUUAUUUGGGUUCAUGUAUCAGCUUAGCCCAGGGCCAGCAAGUUGCAUUAUCAUUAUUAACAUAGCAAUGUAUGUGUUUCAAGAAUAGGUCAAUUAACAAGUAAACAAUAAAGUUGAAAAUUCAUUGGGGCUUUUGUUCCUUAUCUGCAGGCUUUAAUGUUGAAAUUAUUUAAAAAUUCUUAAAAGGUUAAAAAAAUACAAAAAAAAUCCAGAACAAUUUAUCGAGCCCACUUUGUGUGGUCAUGUAUCAUUGCUUGUAUGUUCUGAGCAAGAUUGGUACAUUUCAAGGUAAGAAGAAGAAGAAAAAUUGGGCAGUUUUUGAUGCUGCUGAUGGUGAUGAUGAGGCAUUCAGUCUUUUUCAUUAAGAUACGUGUAGUUUUUUGGUAUCUGUGAUGUUUUCUUAUUAUAAUAGACAUUUAGUGAGAUAUUUUAAUUAUAUGAAAAGAAUUAUUGCAUGCAUGCACUUCAUGUUUUGUGGUAGAGUCCAGGGACAGAUAAUCCCAUACUGUUGUGUCUUGUCUGGUAAUACAGGCAGUGAUACUCAUUACUGUAUGAAGAUUUAUGUCCUUGUUUGAAUGCCCAUAAUUUCAUAUGCAAGAAGUACAUAAAGGAGUCUGAUGCUUGUGUUUAAGCCUGACUAGUCUCAUGAAGGCAGAAAUAGCAGGUUUGUCAUCUGUAAGAUAGUAGACAAGGAUUUGACAUGGUUCAAAUUCAUGCUUCUUGUGAUUUUUGGAAAUGUGGAGCAUGUGGAGUGCUUCAGAGGAGGAAGGUAGUUAUCAAAUUAUGUGUAAUAAAUGAUGAAAAAAGUCAAGACUUUUUUAUGAAUAGGCUAUUAAAAUUAUUUUAAAUUCAUA